AUGUCCGCCCAAAAACACUACGACGCCCUAAUCCUCGGCUCCGGCCAAGGCGGCACCCCCCUAGCCACUGCAUUCGCAAAUGCAGGCCGGAAGACGUGCUUGGUAGAGCGGGCGCACGUCGGCGGCUGUUGCAUCAAUGAAGGGUGCACCCCCACCAAGACGAUGAUUGCGAGUGGGAAGGUCGCGUAUUUGGCUAGGAGGCGGGAGGAGUAUGGCGUUCAUUUCCGGUCGUCGGCGGCGGGGAUGGAGGGCGAGGAAGGGGGUGGGGUAGAAGGAGGAGGGGAAAGUGGUGGGGUGUGGACUGAUAUGAAAAAGGUGCGCCAGCGGAAGAGGGAGAUGGUGGAGAGCUUUCGUGCGGGGAGCGAGAGGAGACUUGGGGCGGCGGGGGUCGAUGUGUUGAGGGGUGAGGCGGCGUUUAUGGGGCCGAAGACGGUGAGGAUAAGGAUGGAGGACCCAGCAGAGGAGGAGGAAGUGGUGGUGAGUUCGGAGCUGGUGUUCAUCAACAGUGGCGAACGGCCUGCGAAGCCGAAGAUAGAAGGCUUAGACGGGAUCGAGCCGGCCCGAGUGCUUGACUCGACGUCCAUACAGGAGCUGGAUGAGGUGCCGGGCCAUCUGAUCGUCUUGGGCGGCGGGUAUAUCGGGCUAGAGUUUGGGCAGCUGUUCCGACGGCUAGGCGCCCAGGUCACCAUCGUGCAGCGCUCGGGGCAGGUCAUUCCGCGAGAAGACCCGGAUAUCGCCGAGUGCAUGUUGGAUAUCCUGCGAGGAGACGGGAUCACCGUGCGCCUCUCCACAGAAGCCGUGCGGCUGUCCUCAGAAGACUCCACCAUCACGCUGCACACAAAGUCGCCAGACGGCACCACCUCCCUCAUAUUCGGCUCGCAUCUCCUCCUCGCGGCGGGCCGCGUCCCCAACACCGACCACCUCUCCCUCCCCGUCGCAGGCAUCGAGACCACCCCCCGCGGCCACAUUGUCGUGAACCCGCGCCUCGAGACCAACAUCCCGGGCAUCUACGCGCUCGGCGACGUGAAGGGCCCGCCGGCAUUCACGCACGUCAGCUAUGACGACUUCCGCAUCGUGCGCGACAACCUGCUCUCCGUCCCGUUCCCCUCAGCGCCGGACCAGCGCACCACGGCCGCCCGUGUGGCCCACACGCCCUACGUCGUGUACACGGACCCGCAGCUCGGGCACGUGGGGAUGCACGAGCGCCAACUACGCAGCCAACACCCCGGGCGCAAGAUCAAGGUCGCGAAGAUGCCGAUGGAGUAUGUGGCGCGGGCGCUGGAGAUGGGGGAGACGAGGGGGAUGAUGAAGGCGGUGGUGGAUGCGGACACCGGGGAGAUUCUGGGAUUUACGUGUCUGGGGGUCGAGGGCGGGGAGAUCAUGAGUGUGGUGCAGGUGGCUAUGAUGGGGGGACUGCGGUGGGAAGGGCUGAGGGAGGCGGUGUUUGCGCAUCCGACUUUGGCGGAGAGCUUGAAUAAUUUGUGGGGGUUUUUGGAAGAAGGCAACGGCCACCAGCAAGACCGCUGGCUCGUCUCAGCCACCGUCUCGAUGGGUGGUUUCCUUUUCGGCUACGACACCGGCGUCAUCUCCGCCGUCCUAAUUAAUCUCGGCACUGACCUCGAUGGCAGAGUCUUGACCUCAAGCGAGCAGGAGUCGAUCACCUCGCACACGUCCGGAGGCGCGCUCGUAGGCACCGUGAUCGCCGGCUUCGCCACCGACAAGUAUGGCCGAAUCUCGGCAUCUAUCUCGGCUGUAUAA